AAUCGGCCAGUUAGUCGCGCCACCGCCGCCCUUAACUGAAGUUUGCUUCUGUUGUGUUCCCACCACACCUGGAUUGCAAUGAGCGAGUCACCCACGACUCCGGACGUGGAGGCGGGCGCGUCACAAUGCGGCGACGAGGAGAAGUUUGACCCUGACUCCAGGAAUGGCCACCGCCGGAUCCUGCAGAGGAUCGAGACGGUGCCUGACAUCAAGAAGGAUACCUCUGGGAUCACUACACAGUAUAUCGCUGCGGGUAUAGUGAAUCUUGGCGCGUUUGCGGCCGGUGCUUGCAUCGCGUGGUCUUCUUCGGGGCUUCCUCUACUACAUCCUCUGUUCUCUUCUGACCUGAUGCCAGGUGUGGCACAGACGAACGACACCUCCAGCGGCACGCACCCACGGCUUGAGCUGACAGCACCAGAAGCGUCAUGGGCGGCGUCGCUUCUGUGCUGCGGGGCGGUCUUCGGAGCCAUCCCUACUGGCAUCGUCUCGCAACACUUUGGGCGAAAGAAGACCCUGUUGUAUCUAGCACUACCCUUGCUGGUGUCUUGGCUGUUAGUCGCUUCUAGUCCAAACGUCUACGGGUUGUACGUGGGGCGUUUUGUCGGCGGAAUAGCUGUUGGUGCGUUCAGCGUUGGAAUCCCGCCCUACGUGGAGGAUAUAGCUGAGAAGAACUUACUGCCAACCUUGGCUAACUUCUACCACGUCAACCUGGCAUGUGGAGUCUUUUUUGGCUAUGUCGUUGGCAUGGUCGCCAGUAUAGCCUGGCUUUCGUUCUUAUGCGCCACGGUACCGAUUGCAUUCUUCAUUGCUUUCAUCUUCCUCCCCGAGUCUCCUGCCUACCUGAUGUCCCAAGGAAAGUACCACGAAGCUAAAGCCGCUUUACGGUACUUCAGAGGAAUAGACAACAACAUUGAUGCCGAAAUCAAGGAAUUGAAGGAGAAUGUGAGAAACUUCGGCAAGUUGAAAGUCACUUUUAAAGAACUGCUUACUACAAAAAUAACAGCGAAAGCGCUUAUCGUCUCUUUCGGCCUCAUGAUCUUCCAGCAGAUGAGCGGAAUAUACGCUGUUCUGUUCUACGCUCAAUACAUCUUCAACGCCUUCCAAAUCUCCCAGAAUCUGCCCGGAGCGGCCAUCAUCCUUGGUUUCUGCUUAGUGUCAUCGACCUACUUCUCCACUAUGCUCCUGAAGACUGUCAGACGACGCGUUCUUCUGCUGUUCUCCUUCUCUUUGAUGGCUCUGAGUUUAGGCAGCCUAGCGAUGUACUACCACUUGCAAAUGACCCAGAUCAUGGACUGCAGUACAGUGAUACCUUUGUUUGCGCUUUGCAUGUUUGUAAGCGUGUACGCUGCUGGUGUAGGACCCAUACCUUGGUUGAUGCUGAGAGAGAUCUUUCCCAAGGCGGCUACGAGACGAGCUACGGCCAUCACUGCUGGAUGCCAUUGGCUGAUUGCGUUCACAGUCAUCAGGAUGUUUCAAACUUUAGUCAAGAAGGUCAGACCUGGCUGGACGCUAUGGUACUUCGCUUCUGUCUGCGUUCUUGGUAUUAUCUUCGUCUACUUCUUUGUACCAGAGACUAAAGACCGAAGCUUAGAAGAGAUCCAGAACGAAUUCGAAGGGAUCCACAAAAAAAGGAAACACAGACAUGUGAUCGAAGUUGAGAGCGUGUCUGAGACGUGAUUUCGUUAAACAAGGGUUUGAAUCAAAUUGAAAUUUAUGUAUCAGUAUUUAAUUUGUCAUGAAUGUUACUCAGAUUGUUUUGAUACGUCAUGCGUGUGCGCAGGUUAAAUAAAAGCCACGCGAAAAGCGGUCGUUGUGCUGUAAGGUUUAAAGUUCAAAAUGAAUGAAGCAUUUUGCUUAAUGUAGAGAUGGGUGGUUUUACCAUUUUGAUUCGAAUCCUUACUUUAUAAACAAAAGUAAUAUUAAGUUAUUUGUAUAUUAGCUGUUAUAGAUUUACCAAAGUAACUGUAGUCAUAGUUCAAUAGGGAUCAAUCUAUAUAUA